AUGCAGAUUAACGUUAUUGUAUACAACAAAACACGGAACUUUGCUGGUCAUAAAAUAAAGAUCAACGUUUUGGAAACGGAUACCAUACUAACAGUAAAGGACAAAAUCAUGUCUAAAACAGACAUCCCAGUCAGCGUUCAAAAUAUAACGUUUGGAGAUGAAUCCUUGAUUAGACAUCACUACAUCAGAGACGGUUAUACUAUUUACUCCACACCAAACUAUAUCGAAACGCCAGAACAGCCAUCGCUUUGA